AUGCUGCUAAGCCGUCACCUAUUUAGCAAGGUAAAUCAACACUUCAUUUCGCAAUUGGAGCGUGUUUUGGGUAAAGAAGCUGUUAAAAUAACUACUGGGGAAGCGGGUGAGAAUUUGCAUGAUUGGAGGCGUCAUGUAGGUAGGAUUCCGGAUGUGAUUGUGGUGCCUAAAGAUGUUGGACAAGUUAGUGCUGUGUUGAAGACGUGUAAUGAGAGCAGUAUUCCAGUGGUACCGUUUAGUACAACCACUGGUUUAGAUGGUUUUGCCAAUACGCCCGAGAAAGGUGUAUUUAUCGAUUUGAUGUCAAUGGAUAAGAUCGUGGAAGUAAACACGAGUGAUUUCAAUUGUUUUGUUGAACCAGGCGUAACCCAUGAAACAUUGAACCAACAUCUACACAAAACAGGCCUUUGGUUUCCUGGAGAUCCGGGUGCCGAUGCAUCCAUAUGUGGUAUGGCUGCCAUGGGCGCAAGUGGUACAAAAGCAGCGCGGUAUGGUACUAUGGUGCAGAAUGUUUUGAAUUUGGAGAUUGUUCUGCCCAAUGGCGACGUGCUGUACACAGCUGGAAAAGAUAGACGUCCAAGGCUUUCAUUUCAAGCGGUUGUUGCCGCUUGGGAUACAUGCGUUUCACUACCGAAAUCAGCAGCAGGUUAUAACUUGACGAAACUCUUUGUGGGCUCUAAAGGUACAUUAGGAGUGAUAACGCAGGCAGCGGUACGAUUGUAUGCAAGGCCAGCAAUAUGUAGUGUUGGAAUUUGCCCAUUUCAAACAGUAAACAAAGCUAUUGAAGCGGUCGUUGCUACGUUGCAAUGUUCUGUACCAAUUGCAAAAAUAGAGUUUCUGGAUGCUGCUACAGUGGCAGCCUGCAAUCACUAUAGCAAAUUAACGCUUGUGGAAUCACCCACUCUUUUCUUGGAAUUCCACGGCAACUCCGAAGCAGAAGUAGCUGAGCAGGCUAGCCUCGUUGGAGAAAUAUUCGCCAGUAAUGAUGGAAGGGAGUUCACGUGGUAUCAUGCGCCUGAAGAGCAGAAGAAAAUUUGGGCUUCUCUUCAUUCUGCUUAUUAUGCUAUUUUAUCACAGAAAAAUAAUGUUAAGGGUCUCAGAAUUCAUUUCUCUUUACCAACGUCUGCAUUGGCUAAAGAAGUUGCGGAGACCAGGAAGGACAUUGACGAAUCUAACAUUUUUGGAGCAGUAAUGGGUCAUGUUGGUGAUGGCAGAUUUCAUUGCAUUUUCUUAGUCGAUGAAUCAAAUCAGGAUGAGAUGAAAGUUGUACAGGAAUUAUCAGAUCGCAUUGUCAAGCGUGUAUUAGCAUCAGGUGGUUCAUGUAUGGGUGAACGGGGAAUUGGAAUUAGUAAAAGAAAAUAUUUGGAGAAUGAAUGUGGUGAGGUGGCGGUGAACACGAUGAUUGCAAUUAAGAAAGCUUUGGAUCCAAAGGGGAUCAUGAACCCGAAUGAAUUAUUCCCGAAAAAUUAG